AUGAACCCCAAAUCGAUCUAUGAAGAGACUAACGAGUUGUACACCCCGAUCCGCGAAGCAGGCAAAGCCCUUGUCGCCGUCAAGAUGAUCAGUCGAGAGAUGUGUCGCGACAGGAUAGCCGAUGAAAUCGUCGCUCUCGAACGCAUCCGCAACUUUCUCGCCGUCGACAAGAACGCAACUGUUCGGAAGCACCUUCCCAUGCUCAUCGAUAACGAUUCGAUCAAGAACGGCGGAUCGGGCUGGCUGGUCGUCAGUCCUGUCUGUGGUUUCGAUCUUGAGCGGCUUCGUGUCGUGGUCACCGCGAUAACCCAGCCCUCGUCAGAAAACGAUCCUUCGCGCCGUUUUCCCCUCCCCGCGAUACCGGAGGUACUCAUACUACAUGUCGCAAAACAGCUAACGCAAGCAAUCGGGUGGCUCCACGACGUCGCCAGUAUCUCCCACAACGACGUCUUCGGCGGAAACGUCAUGCUCGAUGUAUCAGCCUCCAACAAAGACGCCAACUUCACAUUACCAACCGUUGUCUUGAUCGACUUCGACCGCGCCACCCUGGACCCUGACAACAUGACAAAAGGCGCCGACCGCUCAUAUACUUACGAACUCAUAUACAUGCUCGACAAUGCAGGUCGAGCGUCAUCACAAGACACGAACGUACUGGAAGAUGUGAUUGUGUCAAGGGAAUCGAUGACCUGGUGGGAUGCUUUUAGAAACUUUCUUGUUAUUAACAAGGGCCAGUAUCUGCAGGAUGAGUCGGCGAGUUUCGAGAAGUUCUGGGGAAGGUUUGGCAAGGAUGUCGAUCGGCGGUUGGAGAAUAUAACGGGGGAGGAACGGAGAUGGGUGAAAGAGCUGAUUGAUGUGGUUGCGGAGAAGGAGGUAAGGUUUCCGAGUGAGGAGAGGGUUAGGGAGGUGUUGGGGGAGUAG